UUCUGCGAGUGUCUGCCCUCGCGGUCAACCUGACUUCAUACGGGCCAAUAAGCUUUCAAGGCGGAGAGGACACGGCCAGCGAUUGGACAGUUUAAAAAGCUCCGCCAUAACUGAACAACUUCACUGUUACUCUGUUGCACUCCGUCUCUCGCGCUCACACACGCCGAUAAAGAAAAGUUGCUGAAAUGGCCGAAGAGGCGGGCAUGUACGAGUACGAUGCCCCGUCUCAUGUCGUCGACUUCAAGCAACUGGAAAACGAGCCUUGCGAUGAUUCAUGGUUUGAUCAACAGGCCAUUGGACAAGAUGUGUGUGCUGACAAAGCUGUACAGCUUCUCAAACCACAUGAUGGAACGACCAUACCCAGAGCCAGUGUGACUCCAAUGACUACUGCAGUCACAGAUGCUGAUUCCAGCGCUGCUGGUUCUGAGCAAACAUCCAAUGGCGGAGCAAUACCAAAGACCAGCGCCCAACCGCGCAGGGUUUCAAAACGUAAAGGACAUGGAUGCAAUUCAUCUUCCCAACCACUCAAAAAGUAUAAAAAGAGUCCUGUUCAGCAGUCAACUCAAAAAUCCACUUUGAUGCAGCGCAAGCGCAUACGGCCAAGGACCCGGAGUGUGACUCGUGCUAAACCUACCACAACUGAUGAGGAGCAAGUCAGUGAAGGCCACAAUGAAGAGGGAGAACCUGAAGCUACUCUAUCUGAGAGCCAUAAAGAACCUUCUUUGUCAUCAAAUGUAGGCCGGUUCACUGUGCCCAGACCUGUGAAACCUUCAAUGAGCACCAAGAAGAAGCUGACCAAAGACCCCUAUGUGCCAGUGGCCCAGCACAUAAUGCAGUUACAGAAGCGAACACCUCAACGGUUCCAUCAACUCAGUCGGCAGGCAAUAGAGCGAGGUCCACCCAAAGCGCAGGGUCAGCGCCUGCAGCUCACUCGGCCUCAAUCCCCUAAUUUCUCAAAAAGACUGAGGAGCCGACCCCCUACUGUGAAGAGCAGUGCUGAACUGGAGGCCGAAGAGGCAGAUGAGCUUCAUAAAUUCAAUUUCAAGGCCCAACAGCUGAACAAAAAAAUCCUGGAGCAACAAGAGUUAUUGAAGAAGCCUGAGGUGAAGGCACCCACUGUACAAGAGGUGUUCAGCAUGCACAUUGAAAAGAGACUCCAGGAGAGGCAAGCAACCAAACCCCAAGAGGAGAUACAGGCCACUUUCAAAGCGCACGAUCUGCCCAGGAAGAUCCUCGAAGGAGUCGUGGGAGUUCCAGAUAAGAAAGUCAAGCACCCAACGGUGCCACAGUCCCCAGCAUUCAUCCUCUCCAAGAGAACUCGCAUUGACAUGAAAGUUGAGGAGGUGAAACCGCCCUCGCCUAUCAAGCCUCCCCCAGUUCCUCACUUUGGAGUCCCUUUCCAGCCCAUGCUGCCGGAGAAGCGACACACCGAGGUGUGUCCUUUCUCUUUUGAGCAGAGGGAGCAAGAGAAGAGGAAGCAGAAGGAGACGAGGGAGCAAAAGGAAGAGGUUCCAACAUUUAAAGCUCAGCCAUUGCCAGACUUUGACACGGUGGUCCUUCCUGAGAGGAAGAAGCUGGAGCCCACAAAGCCUGAACCCUUCAGACUGCUGGCAGACCAACGUGGCUCUGUCAAGAAUGACCGCUGGGAACAGAUGGUGAAAGAGGAGCAGAAGAGAAUUAAAGAGGCUGCAACUUUCAAAGCCAGGCCAAACAAAGUCACCCACAAAGAACCUUUCCAGCCCAAAAAGGAAGAUCGGACCGCAGUGGCAGUGGAGGCCUUUGAGCUGGCAACAGAGCAGCGUGCUCGAGAACGCAAUGAGUUUCAGCAGCUACUUUGUCAGAAAGAGGCUCUUUCUGCACACAUGGAAGAGCAACAUCGACGCGAGGAGGAGGAGAAACAGAAAAAGGAGAUUGUCAAACUACGACAAGAACAAGUCCACAAGGCACAACCCAUCCGCCACUACAAGACUGUGGAAGUGAAGAAGAGCGACGCUCCACUCACUGUUCCCAAAUCACCCAACUUUUCUGACCGCUUCCGUUUAUAAUCACUUUGCCUGUUUUUUCUCCGUUUUGUCUUUUUUUGUUAUAAAGUCUUUAUUCUAUUUAGUGAGUGUUUUACUUGAUGGCUUUUAGCUGUAACUUCAAAGUUCCCUCAUUACUCACUUUUUUUUUAAAAUUUUAAAUGUAAAAUAAAGUCACAAUACAAGA